CCAGACAUUAUCACGUUCCAUCACUUUUGUGGUUUCACUGACACCUAUUCCUCAAUUCAUUUGUAUCAAACACAUUGCUUCAAAUUCCCAACAUCCAUGGUUAUUGUUGCGUUAUCUUCUUCACUCCCUGGGAGGAACCUCUUCUCCUCCUUACCCUCAACGCCACCGCCUCACGACCAUGCUACAGCCGUCACCGCCACCCCUCCGCCGCCAAUCCCAAUCCCCAAAUACCCACCUCCCCGGAAACGCCAAAACCCGCCACCACCAAAACCCGCUCCACCGAACCCUGCCCUCAAAUACCACCGCAACUCCAAGUACCACAAGCCCGUCAAGGACGGCGGCGGCGUCAUGGCCUCCGACGGCGACCGCUCCGUCGUGAUCGGUGAGUCCGGCGUCUCGUACAUUCUCCCCGGCGCCCCCUUCGAGUUCCAGUACAGCUACUCGGAGACGCCGAAGGUGAAGCCGCUGGCGAUUCGGGAGCCGGCGUUCCUGCCGUUCGCGCCGCCGACGAUGCCGAGGCCGUGGACCGGAAAAGCACCGUUGAAGAGCUCGAAGAAGAAGAUUCCGCUGUUCGAUUCGUUCAAUCCUCCACCUGCCGGUACGAAGGGAGUGAAGCACGUUGAAAUGCCAGGGCCGUUUAAGCUUGGGAAGUAUCCACAAGAGGGUAAGACUAGGGAAGAGAUUCUUGGGGAGCCCCUUCAGUUUUGGGAGAUUCGAAUGCUUGUUAAGCCUAUGUUGUCUUAUAAUCGCCAGGUUAAUCUCGGGAGGGAUGGUUUAACGCAUAACAUGUUGGAGUUGAUACAUUCGCACUGGAAGCGUAGCCGUGUAUGUAAAGUUCGUUGUAAAGGUGUUCCGACUGUAGAUAUGGAUAAUGUUUGCCAUCAUAUUGAGGAGAAAACAGGGGGGGAAAUAAUUCAUCGAGUUGGUGGUGUAGUUUAUCUUUUCCGUGGCAGAAAUUACAACUAUAGAACUCGUCCACAGUAUCCAGUGAUGCUUUGGAAGCCAGCUGCUCCUGUUUACCCAAAACUUAUACAAGAUGCUCCAGGAGGGUUAACCAAAGCUGAAGCUGAUGAGUUACGGAUGAAAGGAAAAAGCCUGUUGCCAAUAUGUAAAUUAGCCAAAAAUGGAGUAUACACCUCCCUUGUAAAGGAUGUCAGAGAUGCUUUUGAAGGAAGUCCAUUGGUGAAGAUUGACUGCGAGGGAUUGGAUCCUAGUGAUUACAAGAGAUUAGGUGCCAAACUUAAGGAUUUGGUUCCUUGUGUGCUGUUGUCUUUUGAUGAUGAACAGAUAUUGAUGUGGAGGGGCAAAGAUUGGAAAUCAAGGUACCCGCAAGCUCCUCCAGUUUUUAUUCCCACAAAAGCUGGAAUUACAGGGUAUUUGGACAAUACAGGCGAGACUGAUGAUAAUCAAUGUAAGCAUGAUGGCAACAUGGUCAACACAAGCCCAAAAAUGUUGUCUCUGUGGAAGCGUGCAAUUGAGUCAUGCAAAGCUUUGUUGCUGGAUGAGUUUAAUCUUGGUCCUGAUGCUCUCUUAGAGAAGGUAGAGGAAUUUGAUGCUAUUUCACAAGCCACAGAGCACUCCUAUCCAGCAUUUACUUUGUGUAAUGAAAAUGGUACUCAAGGUUCAAUUGCUAACUUUGAAGACGGUACAGAAGAUAGUUAUUCUAGUGACAACUUACCUACUGAGGAGGAUGAGGAUGAUGAUGAUGAUUAUGAUAACUACCAUGAUGAUGAAGACGAUGAAUUGUAUGAUAUAGUGGACACAUCAGCUCAACCCGGAUCAUUACCUGUUGAUUCGAUUAUCAAAAAGCUGAACCCAAGUGAAUAGGGGUAAAAACAUUUUUUGAUAUAUAUGUAUAAGACAAUUUGAAGAGCUUAUGUAUUAAGCAAAAUAGCAGGCAUGAAAUGUAAAAUUACUAAUACUACAGAAAAUAGAUAGAUGUAAAUAAC